UAAUCAUGUGAUUCAAAAACUCUUAUCUUUAAAGCUGAUAGAAGUAUAUAAGGGUUGUCGUCAGAAAUACAGAGAUCGAUUACUAAUAAUAGGAGGUUUCUUAUCACUUAUUUAGACUCCUGAAGAAAACUGCAUUCAUCAUGAAAAUAACUCAUAUUUUCGCUUUCGUUGUGUACUUUGCUGUGUUGCUUGCAACUGCUUUAGCCAUUCCUGCACCGUGGAAACAUGGAGGGGGAGGUGGUUGGAAACAUGGUGGUGGUGGACAUGGAGGCCAUUAUGGAGGUUAUCGCGGAGGAUACAGAGGAGGCCAUGGUGGUCAUCACGGAGGAGGAGGAUAUCGUGGAGGUUACGGGGGCCAUAGAGGAUAAAUUAUGAAACUGGACUUGAGUUUGGAAGAAGGCAUUUUUAUAUCUGGAAAAACUUUCCGUUCUCUGUUAAUAAAACGUUUUUAUUUCUUAAA